UGCCCGCCCAGACGCCGCUUCCUCCGGGCUCGGGUUCGGCUCCGCGGAGCGAGAGGAGAUGAGGGCGGCGGCGCCCGCGCCCGAGCGGGGCUGGAAGAGCGAGAAAGUGGACGAGGCGCAGGCCCUGGCGCGGAGUUGCGCCGCCCGCAGACCCGACUUCCAGCCGUGCGACGGGCUCUCCAUCUGUGCCACGCACAGCCACGGCAAGUGCUUCAAGCUGCACUGGUGCUGUCACCUGGGAUGGUGUCACUGCAAAUACGUGUAUCAGCCUAUGACCCCUGUGGAACAGCUUCCAAGCACUGAGAUUCCUGCGAAGCCCCGGGAACCCACAAACACCAUCCAGAUCUCAGUCUCACUCACUGAACACUUUUUGAAAUUUGCAUCGGUCUUCCAGCCUCCCCUCCCCCCAGAUUCUCCAAGGUACUGUAUGAUUUCAGACCUCUUUAUCGACAACUAUCAGGUUAAAUGUAUUAAUGGGAAGAUGUGUUAUGUGCAGAAGCAGCUGGCCCCACCUUCCCACAAAAUGAGCCCCGAGGAGGUCUCUGCACACAAUGCCUUAAUUUCAAAAGAGAGCAAUACACCAAAAAUAGAUCACUGCUCUUCUCCCUCAAGUUCUGAGGACUCUGGGAUCAAUGCGAUUGGGGCUCACUAUGUGGAAUCGUGUGAUGAGGAUACAGAAGAAGGAGCAGAACUGAGUUCAGAGGAAGAUUACAGUCCAGAGAGCAGCUGGGAGCCUGACGAGUGCACCCUCCUCUCCCCCUCACAGUCUGACCUGGAAGUGAUCGAGACCAUAGAAACCACCGUGUGAGGUGGCUGGAGCCCACACUCCAAGCCCCGCUGAGCUUUUGUACUUUUGUCUGAUGGAUCCUUUUUCCGAUGCAGUUGGUAUUUUCUACCCCUCACAACCCUAGCAGUUCAGUGGUCUGCUGAUUAGUUUCACUCUUAAAUUAGUCUUAUAACUAAGACAUUCUUUUUCUUAUGAACAGUUUUCUUUUGUACCUUACUUUCUAUGUAGCAUCUGGUGUCAUGAAUUGUGACCCAGCCUUAAUUUCACUGGGAACUUUGAAAGGGAUGAAAUGAUGAUCAGAGUAUCACUGACUAGAUUGAGGAGCUUCCCAGAGUGAAUGAGACAGUAUUUUUAAAAAAAGCCAGUUCUUCACAGAAAAACUCUGGCAUUCCUUUUGGGAAGUUUUACAGGCACCCCCUGCCCAGCUAGUCCCAUCUGGGAAUCAGCUCACUUACGAGAACAGAGUUUGCACUGGCGAAAUGCCGUGUCCCUCUCCUCUUCUCCGUCCCACCUGCACUUGGUCUGGGCCAUUGUUGCCUUGGCUUACUUCCAGGAGGCUCCUGGAGGCCAGCUCGGUCCCUAGCAAUGACCAGUGUCUCCACAACUCUCCAUGACUCGGGGCUGAACUAGACCUUCAUUUCAGAAGAGAUGGCAUCUUCAGUUCAUGCUCCUUUCAGCUUCAGCCAAGCACCCAUGCUCUGCAGGGUGCUGUGGGCAUAAGGGCCGAUCCCAAGGAGAAGAGGCACACAGUUCAAUGGGGGAAGUAACACAGGCAGCACUUGGCCUGGCCUGGCUGGGGAGCAUUUGAGAGGGCCCCUCAAGUAGGUUCCCCACCAUUUCCCUGCUUUUCGUAAUCGUUCUUCAAACCUGGGGAACUUUUUUGGAAAUUAUAUAGGCAUUAUAUUUAGGAGGCAGCCACAUCUGAGGUCUUAAGAAAAAAAAAAAAUCAGUCAUAGUUCUAGUUAGCAUGGAAAUGCUAAAGACAGCAGUCCUUUAGGGAUUAGGAAUGAAUCUAAUAGGUUUGAUUAAUUCUGCUUCAUUUGGUUGUAUGAAGCACUAGAAUGGCUUAGGUGAGUAAUGGAUUAGAAUUCAGUAUGAUGCAUGAAUUUUUAUGCAGAUGCAAAAGCAGUUGAAAUAGUUUGCUGCUAAGUAAGGAGAAAAUAUUUUGUGUAAUACUUGUUCACUUUACUACAGUAAUAGUCAUGGUCUGUUGUACAUGUUCUCUUUUCUCAUACACAAAUAGCGAGUAAUUCUCUCUUAUUUAGGUCUCUUCAGAAUUUUACUUCUAAUCUCCAUUUAUAUGAGGUGGCCUUGUGUGAGUAGGUUACCUGCCAUUUCUCCAGAUCUACUCUCCAUGAGGCAUAGUUGACAGUUCAGGAAUGUAAAAUACGACCUAGUGGGACGGGAGCCGCCAGAGCUGGAGAGAGAUUCCUUCUACCCUGAGCACGUGUGCGCCCUGGUGGCAUCGUCUCGUGCGCCAGCAGCAUCGCGCCACGCCUCUUCCAUGUCACAUUCGUUUGUAUUUUAGGAACUAAGAAGAGGCCCGGCGUUUUCCUCCCAGAGCCUCAAUUUGGCAUCCUUUAUCAGUCACUCCCGGCAGAGUCCGCUUUCCCAGUGUAUGUGCUGUUCAAGUGAUUGGCUAGAACAUUCUGUUAGGUUUAGGUACCCAAAAAAUCAUAGGGUUUAGAAAGCAGAACAUGUGUAUUCCUUUGAAAACAGUGUUAGUCAAAACUUUUCUAUGCUAGAUGAGUUAGCAGCAUAAAGCUUUCACUUACUAAAAUGUAAAGUCUCAACAAGUCACACCAAGAAUAUGUUGAGAAAAGCUCCAGGAACUGCAUGGCACAGAAGGGAGGUGGAAACAGGGUGCAGGGGUGGGUUCUCCUGAACUGACCUGGCUUGCCCCAGUGGCUUGGGACGGCCAGUGAGCGUGCCUGUGUCCUCAGUGCUCCCUGGGAGUGAAAAACCAACUAACGGCUUUGGACAGGCCACAGCCUCGCAGCCAGCUCUGCGUGCUCAGGCUUAUAUGGCAACACAGGGCCUCGCUCCACCUACCCCUAGGGUGAGCUCACUGAAUCCCCUGGUGGGCAUGAGUGUCUUCUUUCUGUACACUGUUCCUAUCAGUUCUCUGCGCUGGGUCUGCUUUUCUGCUCAUUAAACUAAUUGGAGGCAACUACCAAGUCUCCAAAGCCACGGAAAUGAGUGGCACAGGGCAGAGGCUGACUGUGUUGAGGGGUGGAGCCUGUAUCAGUAAUACCUACACCUCUUACCUAGGUUCCUAUUUUUAAAGCCCCUGAACUGCCAUUCAAAUUAGCCACAAUUUUAAUGGAAUUUUUGCAUUUAAUAAUGGUUGAUAAUCACUUUAAAUAUUUGCACAAUCUCUUUAUAAUUAAAAAUUCACUAAACUUCACUUACUGUUACCUAUUUUAUAGAAUGGAGAUGUUUCAUUGGAUUCUAAAUAUCAGAUGCUCCUGGAUCUCAAAAUAACCCUUUCUAAACAAGCACAAACAAGAAUUUUUUUUAAGCCUAGCACAGUCAAUAUAAUAAUUUUCUGAAAAUCAUAUAUGACUGAAUCAGAAAUACUUCUUUUUGCUUGCAUUCCAAAAACAACUGAUUAGGGUGUAAACCUGUGUGUCCUUUCAUCUUAAAUUCUAGGCCUAUUCUGUUCUAUAUUACAUAAAAGAAUUUCUCUGUAACCCUAAUAUUAUAUUGCACAUUUGUAUAAGCAUAUUUAUAGGCACUUUAGAAAAUGUUUAGACUGCAAUAUGUAUUAUAGACAUCAAACACAAUCAUGUCAGUAGCUUUUUGGUUAAAACCUGUACAUUGAGAGAGAUGAAAGCCUGAUAAUUUGGACCUGUGUGCUCACUUGGAGCAAAGGGCUAGGUGGUGCAGAUGGAGAAACUUCUUUCUUGUGCUUUUGUGGGACCUUCUGCCAUCCCCACUUUGAAAGUUGAUGUUCAGGCUAUUCUAGUAGAAGGUAUAAGAUACAAGAUAAGUGCUGUGUAGAAUUUCUAUCUAACCAAAAUUUGUUUUAGACUUUUCAAAUUGCUCAUAACUGUUCUGAGAAAUAACAAAGCACUUAAAAUGCUUCUGGUGUAUGAAGAAAUAAGGCUUUACAAUCAAGUCCAGGUAUUUUUUUACCUUAUAAUUUUCAAGAUUUGAAAUGAGAGAAACCCAGAAGAAAAACAGUUGUUUUCUUGGGAAGGGGAGCUUUGUGGCUCGAGGUGAUCCAAUAGAGAAGAAAGAACCACCAGAACCAGCACUGACCCCAAAGUUGUUUUCCUGUGUGCUUUUUUGGAUUUGAUAUAGGAUGUCACUCCAUCUCGGAGCAGGUGGUUUUAUUUAUUAAUCGCCACUUCCUGGCCUAUUUGGAACAUCACAGUUCUUUUGGGACUAAUCAUAACAGAAUUAUUUUAUGCAAAUUUCUCUACUUGGGUAAUAGGAUGCAACCAGACAAUUCAGAAAGCUGUCAAAAAUACCCAGAUCCAUUUGGAGGUAUAAAUACUACUAGGCAAGGGGGGAAAAAGCACAAGUUAAUAUUUAUACAGUGGGCUCUUGAUUCUUUUACCUUGUUUGCACAAUUUUUUUCAUGUUUUGGUUUUUAACAUGAGGAAAACAAAGCUUUACCAGUUUUCUUUCCUACUCCCCUCUCCAGAGGAGGUGUGAGCCCGAAUUAAGGAGGCCAGUUAUAUUUGAGGCUUUUCAGUGGCAUGUGACUGUGUCCCUCCAUUGAGAAGGGGAGAAGGAAGUGAGAAUCCUACUCACUCUAGCAGUGCUGUGAAUUCCAGAGAAGUCAGUAUUCCUCACUUCCAAAAACGCAAGUACAAGGACACUUUGCAAACUUAAUUUUGGAAUUAUCUGCCUUUUGAAACUCCAUCUGUCACCACUCCCUUUCAUUAGGAUGGAUAAUUAAGAGUUGCCUGUAUUAGGAGAGGGCCCUGUUUCUGCUAGUGCUUUGAGUUCUUUUUGCUGUUAAGAUUGAAGCAGUGCUCAAGUACUCUGAGCAAGCCUGAAAGCAAGUCAUCGCUAGAGGUUUCAUGUUGCGCUUCCAUGUCGUUAUGUUCAUAAACACUUUUUAAAGCUGUCCAUACCUUGCAAUAUUCACUUACUGUGCUAUUUUUUAAAUCUGUCUAUUUGAAACACAAUGUUGACCUUCUGUAAUUUCCUAAAAUUAUAUUGUUUUCCUACAGACAGCUCAACUUUCCUUUAUGUAGAAUACUUUAGGAAAAUACUACCUUGUAAAAUAAAUGUGAUUUUUUUUUUUCUUUUGUACUGGCACAAAUCUGGUAUUUUGGAGUUUGGAAUGUUCUCCCCCUUCGCCUUUGCACAGGUUCUGUUUGAUUUAAGUAACAACACAAUAGGAGAAAAACAAAACAAAAACUUACAUCUGAAGAAUGUGAAAUAGUUGUAUGGCA